GCUGGCGGAGGUGUGGAGCCAGACCAGAGGGAGGCCGCGGGCGGGCGGGACGCUGGGAGCAGCUGGAGCUCCAGGGCGCGCAGCUGGGGAGCCUCCUUGCUCYGCCAUUCUGGGCAGGAGAGGGACACGCAGCUCCAGCUGGACAGAGAGGGGACUUGGGACUGCCACCGGGCCUGGGUUCCUCUUGCAUUCCACGUGGCUUUGGACGCCCGGGCUCCUGGAUCACGGAAGGAGCUCCAGUUCUGAGAYAGGAGAGAAACCCCGAGUGCUUCCAGAACCUGUGUCACAGACUUUGAGGAAACAGACUUUCUGUCCCCGAACCUGAAAAGAUGUCCCUCUCCCAAGGAGCCAGAAGGUAGAGGACACACUCUUCCACCCUCAGGAGUUCCGCUCGGAUCCCCUGCAGCCUCUGAGAGCCAUGAGGCAGCCGCGGAACCUCUGCUGCGGGCCCCUCUGGCUGCUCCUCACCUGCUGCAGUGCUCAGGUGCGAGGAGCCCACGGCAGGUCGCAGGACCAUCCAGGGUUUGCAGUCCUGGCUUCUGCUUCCCAUUACUGGCCGUUGGAAACCGUGGAUGGGAUUCAUGAACUUCAGGAUACAACUGGAGCGCUGCAAGCCCACAACCUCACUGUGCUCCCUCCCCACAAUUCCACCCUUGUGUUUGCCAAUGACUCUGCCUACUCCAAUCUCUCUGCGACCGUAGACAUUGUGGAGGGGAAGGUCAACAAAGGCAUUUACCUCAAGGAGGAGAGAGGCAUGACGCUGCUCUACUACGGCAGGCUCCGGACCUCCUGCAUCAGCAGCCCCACCCAGUGCGGCCCUGAGGGGGUCACAUUCUCCUUCUUCUGGAAGACGCAGGAAGAACAGUCCAGACCCAUCCCUUCUGCAUAUGGGGGACAGGUCAUCUCCAACGGGUUCAAGGUCUGCUCCAUAGGCGGCAAAGGCUCCGUGGAACUGUAUACACGUGAGAAUUCCAUGACCUGGGAGGCCACCUUCAGCCCACCGGGUCCCUACUGGACUCACGUCCUCUUCACAUGGAAAUCCAAGGAGGGCCUCAAGGUCUACAUCAACGGGACACUGAGCACCUCUGACCCAAGUGGGAAGGUGUCUCACGCCUACGGAGAGCCCAGUGCCAAUCUGGUGAUUGGGUCUGAGCAGGAACAGACCAAGCGCUACGAGAACGGGGCCUUCGACGAGUUCAUCAUCUGGGAACGUGCCCUGACCCCAUAUGAGGUGGCCAUGUACUUCACAGCUGCCAUAGGAAAGCAUGUCUUGUCGACCUCGGCCCCGGGCUUCUCUGUGACACCCACAGCAGGCACCAUGACGCCCACUGAUGCCUACCAUCCCAUCAUAACCAACCUGACAGAGGAGAGGGAACACUUCCAAAGACCUGGAGUCGUGCUGAGUUACCUGUACAACGUGUCCCGCAGCUUGCCCAGCAAGUCCCUCUCGGAGGACACAGCACUGAACCUCACGGAGACCUUCCUGAAUACCGUGGGCGAGCUGCUCCUACUGCCCAGUUGGACCGACGUGUCGGAGGACAGCGUCCUGGCACUGGGCCUGAUCGACACCAUCGACACAGUCAUGGGCCACGUGUCUUCCAACCUGCACCCCAGUGAACCCCAGGUCUCCCUCGUGGGCUCUUCCUCCAUGGCAGACUUCUCCGUGGCAAAGGUCCUCCCCAGGACGCUGGGCGCCCCUCACUACCGCUUCCCUGCCCACGGGCAGAGCUACAUCCAGAUUCCCCGAGAGGCCUUCUGCAGCCCAGCGUGGACCACCAUUGUGGGCCUUCUCUACCACUCCAUGCACUGCUACCUGAACAACAUCCAUCCGGCCAGUACAGAGAUUGCCGAGGCAGCCAACUGCAGGACCUGCUUGCUGUCCGCUGCCAGCUACCUGAUUUCCCUGGAGGUGUCCCCACCACCCAUGGUCUCCCAGAAUCUCUCGGGGUCUCCUCUCAUCACGAUUCACCUCAGGCACAGGCUGACUCAUAAGCAGCACAUUGAUGCCACCAAUGCCAGCAACCGCGUCUUCCUGUACUGUGCCUUCCUGAACUUCAGCUCCGGUGGAGGUGUCUGGUCAAGCCAGGGCUGCGCGCGCACGGAGGGGAACCUCAGCUACUCGGUCUGCCGCUGCACGCACCUCACCAACUUCGCCAUCCUCAUGCAGGUGGUUCCUCUGGAGCUUACACGCGGCCACCAGGUGGCGCUGUCGUCCAUCAGCUACGUCGGCUGCUCACUGUCGGUGCUCUGCCUGGCCGCCACGCUGGUCACCUUCGCAGCUCUGUCCUCUGUCAGCACCAUCAGGAACCAGCGCUACCACAUCCAUGCCAACCUGUCCUUUGCUGUCCUGGUGGCCCAGGUCCUGCUGCUCAUCAGCUUCCAUGCUGAGCCGGGCACGAUCCCCUGCCAGGUGCUGGCCAUACUCCUGCACUACUUCUUCCUGAGCGCCUUCGCCUGGAUGCUGGUGGAAGGGCUGCACCUCUACAGCAUGGUGGUCAAGGUCUUCGGCUCGGAGGACAGCAAGCACCUCUACUACUAUGGGCUGGGCUGGGGGUCCCCGCUACUCAUCUGCAUCAUCACCAUAGCAUCCGCCUUGGAUAGUUACGGGACCAGUGACAACUGCUGGCUCUCCCUGGGGAGUGGCGCCAUCUGGGCCUUCGUGGCCCCUGCCCUGCUGGUCAUCGUGGUCAACAUUGGCAUCCUCGUGGCCGUGACCAGGGUCAUCUCCCAGAUCAGUGCCGACAGCUAUAAGAUACACGGGGACCCCAGUGCCUCCAAGUUGACAGCCAAAGCCGUGGCUGUGCUGCUGCCCAUCCUGGGCACCUCAUGGGUGUUUGGUGUGCUUGCCGUCAACGACGGGGCCCUGGUCUUCCAGUACCUGUUUGCCAUACUCAACUCCCUGCAGGGCCUCUUCAUCUUCCUCUUCCACUGCCUGCUGAACUCAGAGGUGAGAGCCGCCUUCAAGCACAAAACCAAGGUCUGGUCCCUGGUGAGCAGCUCCGCCCGCAGUGCCAACACAAAGCCCCUUAGCUCAGACCUCAUGAAUGGGACCAGGCCCGGCACAGGCUCCACCAAGCUCAGCCCCUGGGAUAAGAGCAGCCACUCUGCCCCCCGCGUGGACCUGUCCGCCGUGUGAGCAGGAGCUGGUGAUGACUGCCUUCCAGAGCAGAGCAGAACGAGUACCCUACCCACGUGGGACCCUCUCCCUGCUGCCUGCACAUGAGGUAGCAGCCUCCACCUGUGACCCUACAGAAGAGCACCCACCAGCUCCUGCAGCCUGACACUCAGGGCUGCAUGCCUAGAGACCCCAGGGCCCUCCUGCCCGGCGCACCCGAGGGCUGGCUGCCCCUGAGGACACUGGAUCCUGCCCCAUGCACCCGAGGGCUGGCUGCUCCCUGAGGACACUGGAGUGCAUGGUGGCCCACUGUGACACCCAUCAUGAGCCUCCCUCCUUACCACAUGCACCCAGUAAAGCUGUGGCACGUGGGGCACAGGCUGUCGCUCAGGAGGGGGUUGCCUCUGCCUUGAUAGGGGUCCAGAGGAGUCCUGYGGGGGUAGUUUAGGUCUCUGUGCACCCCUGGAGGAUCAACCAGAAUGUCCGAGGAGCGUGGGGAACAGGGUGGGGUGUCCCUGGUCUGCUGACUCUACCCACACAGCUCCCAGAGCCAGCCCUAGCUGAGGUGCAUGGUCUCCUUCAGGGUCACAGCACUGAGGCCAGCCCUUGCCAAGUGGUCAGCUCUGGGGUCUCCACCCAUGCUGGGGACUUGGGCUGGAGUCAURCCGCCCUGGCAGGUGUGCCCACACUGGUCCUCCACCCUUGGAAAAGGCACAGCCCAGCCGCCUGGGAUUUGGGCUGUCAGAGACAUUGCCCACGCCCGAGAGUGCUACCUCUCUGGACCCAGGUCAGCCUGAAGAUGCUCUUUCCUGGCGGAAGCCUUCUUUCCUGCCCAUCUGCCCCAACAGAGCCAACCGCCUCCUGCUGCAUCUCCUGUGUCCUCUUGUCUCUGUCCCCAGGGAGGGAUCCACAAUUUCUCCUUCGUGUCUAGGAAGCAGACUGACACUGGCACAGUGACCCCUGUCCUGCCAAGGUGGCCACGUUGCAUAGAGGCUGCCUGCUCCCGAGGGAGGACCCAGCAGGGCCUGGCAGUCCUUUGCCUGGCACUAGUAGGUGGACUCAGCUCGGUCCCUGGGGAGGGGGGACCACUGUGACCACUCCUGGGUGCUCGGCCCUGGAUCGCAGAGGGGACAGCAUGGACAUCUGACACAGGCCGCAAGCAGCUGCACUGUAACCCAGGCCUGAGCGUGGCAUGAAGUGCACAGCCAGGUCCACCUGGUUUUGAUACUGGAAGCCUCCACUUUACACUGUGACCCGAUGUCAUGGCCCUCAYCGCGCCCACCCUGCCCAGCACUAGACUUGAUGUGCUUCUGUGGACUUUUCCACCAUCAUCUAGAGCCUUUUUUUUUUAACAACCAAUUACUUUCUUUGUUGUACUGGGAUCUGGCCCCGAGCCCUGCGCACCCUGGGAAGUGCCCCAAGUGCUCUCCUGAGCUCCAACCCAGCUGCUGGGGCCUCUCCAUAGCUGGCCUCUCCACAGCUGGCCUGCUCAUGGGGAGGGCACCCAUCCCUGUCAGGCAAAGCCGUGUGUCCAUAGAACCAGCCUCUGUUAUGUCCAGGCUAGUCCCCAGUGCACCAGCCAGCUGAGCCCACUGUGACCACACCCUCUGGCCGGGCCAUGGUGUGAACCCAGGUGACACAGGCUGAGGUCACUGUGAGACCCAGUGUGUGGGGCCACCGCUCAGGUCUCUUGUGAUUUCUGAAACCAGACCAGUAGUAAGCCCUGGCCAGCCCCUGGCCUGCCGCCAGCACCCACAAGUUAGACACCAGGUCCCUUGGCAGACACUGGAUCAGAUUUGGUGCUAGGAGCUGUGGUUUCCACAGGGGUCCUUGCUCCUCGCUCCUCAGCUCUUGGCGGCCCCCAGGGCCUGUGAGACUUUGUGUCCAGACAGAGUCUGGGCUUUGCUUAUGGGCUGGGUGCCUUGGCCUCCGCCCACCUUACCAUCUGUACUCGGUGUGGUCCUCUUAAAAAAUCAGCAAGAAAUGUGUGUUAAAAGCAGUUCUCACAGGAGAGACAAUGGUGGCCUCUGAGUACUGAAAUAUGUUGUGAUUUUCAUGCAAUAAAACCGCAGUGUCCUUGAGUGGAGUGUGGCCUUGGAGAUCUGUCAGUAGUGGGGUCUCUACUAAGGAAGCACAGGGUGAAGGGCGAGGCUGGGGCUCACACGCACACUCAGCAUCUCCUGGGUACCCAGUGCACUCGCAGCCUCCAUCCCAGUGCUGGGAGUGGACGAGGGAGGGACACGGCAACAGAGGCUCCAGGCUGCACCCACCCAGGCCAAGUGCUGCAGGGCCACGGCCACUGCCCUAUAUCAUCCAUAGUGCCAUCACUGCCCCUAGGCCCAGUGCUCACGGCCAUUUCUACCCUUCCACACUCCACGCCAUGGGGUGCACGUACAGCUCACCUUACCGUUUGCACCAGGUGGUCUGGGUUCCUUUGUGCAUCAGUGUUACACACUUAGGCACAU